AUGGCGUCCGCGAAAGAGACCGGGAAUACGGAUGAACAAUUAGAAAUAUUUUGUGAUCCCUGUCAGGUCGAAAGUGAACAUAUUAUUGCUGUAAGUUACUGUGAAGAAUGCAAUGAGUAUUUGUGUAAGCACUGUCAUAAAGCUCAUAGAAGAUUGGCAGCGACACGGGAACAUAUUGUGAGAGAGCAGGAUCUGCCAGAAAAGUCUUUAUCCAAGCCGAAUAAAACCGAAUUGCCAGAAAAAUGCUUUGCUCACGAGGGUCAAGUGAUAGAUCAUUACUGUAUUUCUCACGAAGAGCUCUGCUGCUCUAUGUGCUUGUCUAUAAAUCACCAACAGUGUAGCAAAGAUGCGAAAAGCAUAGCUGAUUAUUUGAAGAAAAUCGAUAUGGAAAAAGAGGAAAGGGUCUUAGAAAGUAAAAUAUGUAGGCUAGCUGAUGAUGCUAAUGGCACCAUGAAUUUAGUUCAGAAAAAUCUUAGUCAUUCAGCAUACUCAUGA